GCCCCGCCGAGACCGCCCCUCUCUCGGGAGCCCGGCCCCCCCCGCCGCAGAGCCGCGGCCGCCCGCACAGCAGCGAACACGAAAGUUCCACCCAGCCAGGCCCAAGGAUGGAGUCCCUCCCUGAAGCAGUCCUCAUCAGAAUCCUGGCUUCCCUACCUGCGGUGGAUUUGGUGCUGGUGUGCCGCCUGGUCUGCUGCCAGUGGAAGAACCUGGUCGAUGGAGCUGCGCUUUGGAUCCUGAAGUGUCAGCAGGAAGGCCUCACUGGAGCAGAGUCAGAGGAAAAUGCAGAGAACUGGCAAAACUUCUAUUUCCUGAGUAAGAAAAGGAAGAAUCUCAUCAGGAACCCAUGUGGUGAAGACGACUUGCAGCACUGGGGAGAGGUAGAGAAUGGAGGUGAUGGCUGGAAAAUUGAAGAGCUCCCUGGGGACUUUGGAAAAGAAUUCCCUAGUGAAGAAGUCCAUAAAUACUUUGUUACAUCUUAUGAGUGGUGUCGGAAGGCUCAGGUCAUUGACCUCAAGGCUGAGGGCUACUGGGAAGAGCUGAUGGACACAACCCAGCCUAAAAUUGUGGUAAGAGACUGGUAUGCAGGACGCAGCGAUGCCGGCUGCCUCUAUGAGCUCUGUGUGAAGCUGCUCUCGGAGAACGAGGAUGUUCUGGCCGAGUACAAAAGCGAGACUGUUGACAUCCCACAGGACAAUGAUGCCAACUGGACUGAGAUCUCCCACACUUUUUCCAACUACGGCCCGGGGGUUCGCUUUGUGCGCUUUGAACACGGUGGGCAGGACACACUGUUCUGGAAGGGAUGGUACGGCGUCCGCGUCACCAACAGCAGCGUGACAGUGGAGCCCUAGCUGUGCUGAACGGGGGCCUGCAUGCUGCAGCUGACUUCCCUCAGGGCAUCCCAUGGCCUUUGGAUGGUUUCUCCAUGGUGCUGCUUCCAGGCUGUAGAGCAUACAACCUUUCUGCAUAUGAAUGCACGUGCAAGAUGCCAGGGGCCACCAGCCAUCUUCCCUCAAGUGGACUAUGCAAAGAACAGGAAUAGAGCUGUGAGUGCACCACAGGAGUCUCAGGCUCACCCACUUGCACUGAUGUUCUCCGUCAGACAUGAGAUCACCUGAAGAUCCUGCAGACCUUACUUCUCUCCUAAGCCUAACCCCUAGCACCCAGCCCAAGCUAGACACCUCUCCUGCCUGCUUCCCAGAUUUGGGCACUCCUUAAUUUCAAAUGAUAGCUUGGGCAUAUUUUUUGGAAGUUAAAGAGUGGGGAAAAAAGGAAGAAAGAAAAGCAUAGACCUUGUGUUUGAGAACAUACCAGGGAAACCCAGAGCCCUCUCAUCUUUGUCAUCACCUGCUUCCAUGACCUGCAGUGAGAACCUUAGCUUCUCCCAUUUAUAAACAUAGAUGUCAUUAUACUUGCCUCAUAGGAGCUCUAGCCUGGUUGCCAAGUGCUAUUAGUUUAAUCUUUAGGGAUGACAAUGCAAAGCAGUAGGUAUUGGAUCCUUUUCUCUUACACUGUUCCCAGCAUCCAUUUAUCAAGCAAAAUGUUGGGAGCCGAAACCUCUCUGCUGUCCAACCCUGGGGCUUCAUUUGGCUCCUUCAAACAGAUGGCAAUGGAGAGCAAUUACUGGGAGAGAGACAACAAGGACUUAGGGAAAUGGGUUAGAAGCAAACUGAGGGGCACCAGGAACAAAUGAAAACAAACCUAUCUACCCCUUCCUGGCCUCUGCAUGCUUCAUGCAACAAGCACCCUGGUCCUCCAGUAUGACUCUGCAGGCAGGAGAUACUCUUCACGCAGAAAGCUGUCGUUAGCCCCACUUGAUCUCAGUUCUUCCUGCCUGCUGACAACGUCUGCAAAAAGUACACGUCUGCCUCCAUUCCAUAUGCUCACUGACAAGACAGCAUCGUACCUACUCCCACUAGUGCCUCUGCUAUCACUCAGGGCUGCCAGGCACCAUCCUGAACAGACACCUGAGCUUCCCUGAGCCACACCUCUCCAAAGAGCAUCCCUGUAAUAGAGCUGGUGCUGCCUAGAGAGACAGGCACUUAGAUUUUUGUGUCCAUCUGUCUCUCUUCCCUUCCU